AUGUCGAAGGUGUUCUUCAUCACGGGCGCGGGGAGCGGUAUCGGACGAGUCACAGCACGCGAGCUCCUUCUCAAAGGCUACCGGGUCUUCUUAACCGAUUACAACGAUGCCUUCCUCGAAGAUACUUGCACCGUACACCUCCCCUCUAUUAUUCCCGAAGACAGGCAGGGCAAUUUUCAGUGGGCGCAGAUGAAUGUCUGCGAUCAGGGACAAGUCACCAACGCAAUUGAGCGGUGUGUUCAGGCUUUUGGAGGCAUUGAUAUCCUAGUAAAUAGUCUGGCUUGUCCUUUUUCCUCCUUUCCCUUGGACGCAGUCUCCAAUUAUACACUGGGAAUCUUCAGCUAA